AUGGGGCAGACAGAGGCAGGGGAGCCCGGCGAAGACGUGUGUUGGAUUGAAGAUGAGGAGCCCCUGCCUGAAAGCAAGGCCGAAGGACUGCUGAGGUCCACAGAAGAAUUCGAUUUGGCAGCCAUUUUGGGUGCCCUUCAACCUCUCACGGCCUGGGAGGUAUCAUGCAGGACUGAACACAACUUUGGCAGCGCCUGUGCGCAUCGUGGCUUGGAUGUGCAGAGUAAGACGCUGGGAACAGGAUAUGACCUGAACAAGCGGGAGCACGUGAACCGCCUGCUUCGAGAAUGUUGGGAGCAGCCUCCUUGGAAGAUCUGGUUCUCCCCGGCGUGUGUCAUGCCGAGCCUGCUGGACCAGAGGAGCCCCGACUAUGACGCCGCAUUGCGAAAGAAGCGCCAGAAGUCGAAGCGGCAGAUCGAGCACUUCGUGGAGAUCGCGACGGCCUACUUCGACGCUGCCACCGGCAAGGCCCGCGUCUACCUGGAGAUCCCGACGGAGGCCACCGGCCGGUGCAUCCCCAUUCGCAAGCAGUACACUAUCAUCCACAAUGACCAGAUGUUUCACGAGAGGAUGAACUUGCUGUGCGAUGGAGGACAUGGACACCGAGAAUUGGAGAACCCAUGCCCUCGGACGAAGGUCUUCCUCGAGUCCGCGACGUACCCGGAGCAGAUGGUCGAGCGGAUCGCGAACCUUUGGAAGAGCGAGUACGUGGCGGACAAGAAGACGCACGAAGUUCAGAACGUGAUCGCGGCGGCCCAGCAGAUCGAAGCAGAGGUCGUGAACGCGGCGGAGGUCGAGAAUGACGCGGCCGAUGAUGAGGGCGUCUCCGAGCAGAAGCGACAGCAGGCAAGGGCCUUACUCACCAGGCUCCACAAGGCAGCCGGGCAUCCAUCAAAUCGAGCUUUGGCCCGGAUAUGUCGAGAUCGAGGUAUGCCACGCCGGAUUGUGAACGAGGCUUUGAAUCUACGAUGCCAAGCGUGUCUGGACACCAGGCGGGGAGAACAAUUGAUCGUUCCCCACAGCCUCGGAACCAAGCCGCAGCCAUGGCAGAUGCUCGGAAUGGAUGUCAUGGAGCUGGUCUUUCCGCAGCAAAGGCGCAAGGCCCGCUACUUGGUGGCGAUCUGCCUCGUGAUGAGGCUGAUGAUGGUCGAGAUGCUGUGGGAGGGGCCGAUGAACGAGACUGGCCUGGACAGCGGCCAGCACCUUGCCGAAACCUUUGCUUCAGGAUGGCUACACCAUCGACCAAAGCCAGAGUGGAUCAUGACGGACCCCCAGUCGUCGUUGGCAAAGGGCGACUUUGCUGAGUUCUGUGGCUGGAUUGGAUGCGGCCUCACGGUCACCCCAGGGGAGGCUCACUGGCAGAAUGGCGGCGUCGAGUCUGCCAUAAAGGCAGUCAAGAAAACCAUGCGGCGCAUACGCAAUGAUGCCCCUGAGGUGACGGCGCGAGCCUGUGGCCAUCUGGCAGCGGCAGCCCAGAACAACACCGACUCAGUCAAGGGGUUCAGCCAAUGGGCAUACAGAUCCAACCCGGCGGCUUGGAAUGAGCAUGGAGACCCCUUGGUGAUCAACAAGAACCAAGGAGGAAGGCCGGAAGAGUUUUGGCAGUUGCAGCGGUGGCGGUCCAAGGCGGAGGAAGUGCACCGACAAAAUCUGGCAAUGGAGACGAUGACUCGCCUGCAGAAUGCCUCGCCCCGACCUGUCGUGGACUUCAGGGUCGGUGACUGGGUAUGCGUCUGGAGGAAUGCUACUUUGAAAGCUCGCCGGGCGAGGCAAGGUUCGGAACAUGUCAAUCCAGAGCCUCGCUUUAUAGGACCUGGAAGAGUGGCAAUGCUUGAGCCUCCUGUGCUACCUGAAGGCAGAUGCUCGGUCGUCUGGGUGCUGAUGGGCACUUCACUGUGGCGGUGUGCGCCUGAACAACUGAGACUGGCCAGCGAGCAGGAGGUGAUCACCGAGCUUCUGCAGAAGGGCGAGGUCGUGACCCAGCCAGUGCAGAACGUACUUCGGAGCCUCAAGCGAUUCACCGACGAUGGAGCACCUGAACCCCACCGUGGUUCAUCUCAAGCCCAGUCGAGCCAUGACUGGGAGAACACGUUGCAGAAUGCUGCCGAUGACUGGGGCCAUCGGGUGGCCACGCAUCAGCAACAGGCGAGGCAGCCCAGCAGGAGCAGAUCGGCAGAACGACGAGGUGAGCGGCAAAGUGUCAAGGAGCAGGUGGAACGUUGGCAACAGCUCUCUUCCGCAAACGCAGCCAGACAAAGAGAGGGAUUGCCGAAGCAGCUUCGAAUGCCGGAGGCGAUUGCAAAAAGGGAGAUCCCAGACAGUUGGGAGUUGGAUGCAGACCGAUGUGUCAUUAUCCGGCACCACCAUGAAUGGAGGAGCAAGCUUUUUGUUCCCACGUCUGUGCCGACAUGCCCAGUUCCCCUGGACCAGCUCACCGGCAAGCGCACCACGAUAUGGGUCAGCCCGGGAGGCGACCAAGGAAGCUUCGUCGACGACUUCAAGGCCUCGCGAGAUCCUGACCGGAAACACAGAAGUAGAUGGAAGGGCAGCACCAUUCUGGAAAUCAAGAUCGGGGUGGACGUGCUUGCCCCAAAGAGAAAGGAGCUGAUGGAGCCACCGGAGCCGUCAGCGGGAUCCAAACGGAUGCGGCUCGGGAGAUCGAUGAGCAGACGUAUCUCUUGGUCAAGAAGCGCGUCGAUCCACCAGCUCGAGCACGACACCGACGAGAACAUGUCCCUGAACCAACUUCGCCUGGAACUGCAUCGCGUGCGGACGGAGGAGAGACAGCUCUUGAAGGCGGUCAAGAGGGCAUGCGACAACAACGAGGAGGCCAUGGUCCUCGAGUUUGACGUGGACGACUUGUCUGCUUUCGUAGCUUCCAGCACCACGUACUCAAAAGCGCGCCUGCAGAGUUCUACGGCGGCCAAGGAGGUAAACUACCGGAAGCUUAACCACAAGGACCGUGCCAGGAUGGAGGAGGCCAUGGCGAGAGAGAUCUCGGAAGUGCUUCGCCCCAUGGCCGUGAAGGCCGCCUCAGAAGGACUGUCCGAGGAGGACGUCAAGGGCCGCGUCAUUCCGAUGCGGUGGAUCCUCACAUGGAAACCGGUUCCAGACGGAGAACCACCUCAGCCGAAUGCCAAGCAUGAGGUCAGCGCCGCCGAUGGGCAAGAACAAAGCCAAGGCACGCAUUGUUCUCAUUGGCUACAAGCAUCCAGAUCUGGCUCAGAGGGACGAACGCACGGGGCAGCCAAAGCUUAUGACGGCAUCACCGACCUUGUCGAGGCUGGGACGGAGUAUGUUAUUCCAGGCAUCGGCUUUGGAAUUGGAACAGAGCCGCUGUUCACUCGAGGCGUCCCUGAACUUGCCCUGGCCUUAGGAGUGACACCGGGAACACUUCUGGAGGUAGUCGGUGCAGUGUACGGCCUCACGAAUGCCCCACGGAUUUUCUGGCUGGACGCUGAUGCCAAAAUGAGAGCCCUUGGCGGAGUUCCUCAUGACAUUGAUCGAUGUCUAUGGAUCUUCAAAAGCCGAGACAACAGAAGAAUCAUAGGCCGGAUAGGAUGCCAUGUUGAUGAUUUUCUCAUCAGUGGCGAUCAUCAGGAUCCUGAAUGGAUGGCUAUCCGGGAAAAGGUGAAGAAAAUGUACUCGUGGAGCCCAUGGAAGUCUGGAUCGUUCACCUUCGCCGGCCUUGAGGUUCAACUGCUUAAGAACUUCGAGAUCAGGGUGACCCAAGAGAACUUUUGCAACGCCCUGCGUCCCAUCGAAAUUGUCAAUGAGCACAGCAGAUCGGACUCUGACCCUUUGUCGGCCAAGGAGGUUUCCCAGUACCGUGGCCUAGUGAUGAAGGCUCAGUGGAGGGCAGUGCAGACCGGCUUCCAGUAUGCUGCUCGAGUUGGCGUAGCAGCAUCGGCGGCUAGCAAGGCUACCUUCUCUAACCUGAAGGAGGCCAACAGCAUCAUGCGAGAGCUUAGGAAGACGGCCAAGGAGGACAUCGUCUACCAUGCGUUCAACUUCGGGCGUGAAACCAAGUUGACCUGGGACAUGGUGGGUGAGGAAAGCAAGGCCAGUGUGAUGGACUGGCGCUCGUUCAAACUGGACCGUCCUGUGAAGGGGACGAACGGCUCGGAGAGCCAAGCCAUGUACGAGGCCGAGGACAAGGGCUUCAAGUGUCGGCUCUUCUGGGCACUGAUCAAUGGCCUGUUUGAUGCUAUCUCAUCUUCGGAUAGUCCUCUGCUCGGAAUGAACAAUACCCGCACGGGACUCGAAGCCUCUUCGAUCCAAAAGGGGCUUCGUGAGGAUGGCAAAUGCUAUCUUACUUGGGUGCCUUCGGACCUGAACCUUGCGGACUGCCUGACCAAGAAUACUCCGGACGCCUACAAGGUUGCGGCUCUGUACCAUGCUCGAAAGGCAUGGGUUGUGCGCUUCAAUGAGGAGUUCGUUAGUGCGAGAAAGCAGCAACGCCUGAGAAGGCAAAAGGAGAUUCAAGAGCAGGCGACGCUCAUCGGCAACGCCUUGGAGGAUGAGCUUGUCUGGGAGACUGACGGCAUGUCUGAAUGCAUCAGCAGGUAA